GGUAUGCGGUAGAUCACUCGGUUGCGACGUUUCCUUGAAUUGCUGCAGCACGAUUCUCGAAUCAUUGUAAAGCUUCACGCCAUGUUGCACCUUCUAAUUAUAUGCUGGAGGGCAAUAUGAACGGUACCAGUAGGUCACUGAAGUAAUAUUGGUUGGUAUUUUCUUCGCUCGUAUCGGUAUGGCCUGACGGUCUAUCUAUGAUACGUGCAAAUUUCCUUCGCUGUAGAGUACUAGUAGAGGACGAGGGCCUCACCCUGACCCGAGGAAAGCUCCACACUGAUUACCCGGCUUUCUGCUACCAACAAGCCACCAGGCCUUGGGUCUCCAAAGAAAUAAACGAACUCCGGCAACAGCCCGAAUAAGCUGCAUCCCACGGCGAUCCUGGGCCAAAUAUCAUAAAGACCCAACCUCCCUCAGCCGCCCACGCAAGUCAAACCUGGGCCCUUUUCCCCUCUAUAGCUGAUUCGGUUAGAUUACUACUUGCCGCCGCGUCAUCCCAAGCCAAAACCGCGGAGCCUCCUCUGGUGGCGACCGUCCUGAUAUUCCUCUCUCUUUAGGCUCUUGCUCUUCUACCCCCUCCCCUCUGCUGCUCUACACACGAUAUGUAUCAUGCUUUCUUUACUCUCUUCUCCAAAGGGCAAGGGUCCACGCGGCGGUCGGGAGACCUUAUCUACUUCUUUGGAUCCUGAAGAAGCUGCCGACCAAGCUAGGGUGGCCUCUCUCAAUCGAGCUAUCGAAAUUUUGAAUGAGUUGUUUCCGAACGUUGACGUUGAUGAGUUCCGCCAUAUGCUCUCUACAUUUUCUGAGGAGUCGCGAUUACAUGUUAUCACGGAGGAGCUGUUAAAAAAGUCUAAGGAUGGAAGGGUUCAAAGACGAGUUGUGGAACCGUGGGAGAAGUUCAGGUCAGAGGCAUAUAUAGUUGCUGCGAAGAAUGUGCUUUACAAAGAGUUCAAAGGCUUAGCUCACUCAACAAUCAAGGCUGUAAUGGCUGAAAACAACUUCGACUACGCCCGCUCCCGGCUGACUCUUAUGGACAUUGCCGGUAAAUCCUGGCGCUUCUCCGUCGCUAAUUUCUUUCGUGGAGCACGAUCUGGAAUACCUCCCGAGCCAACCCUGACCGCUACGGGAUGUAAGGAGCUAGACGAUGAGCUUUUUUCUUUGGGCAAGCCUACCCGGGACAGGCAAAUAGAUGAGGAUUUGAAGGUGGCAAAGCUCUUAAACGAGGCCGAACAUGCUGUUUCAUCAGAGAUGAUGGAGUAUGGCCAUUUUUUCUGCCACCAGUGUCUUCUCCGCAGUGUCCAAGAAGGUUUAUACGGACAGGGAAGAAAUAUAUUAGGAGAGGUAUGCUCUGUGCGGUGUUUGUCUUCCUCCGCUUCUCCGCCAUGUGCGGCCUUCGUGCCUCAUGAAUUAUUAUUGGCUAUCCUACCACCCGACGUUCUACACUCACUCGAGGACAAGACAGCGGCGGAAAGUUUGGAGAGGUCUGGAUUGGAUUUGGCAAGGUGUCCAUUCUGCGCAUAUGCAGAAGUAGUUGCUUUGGAAGAGUACCGAAUAAAACGCAGUGCCAAAGUAGCUUUGCUUGCUUCCGUUCUAGUAUUGUUCUCCAUUGUCCCACUGGCCUUGAUGGCUUUUCUCAUCCUCAUCCUUACAAUGAUGUUCACGCUGCGCUCACCUUUCCUACCCAGAGAAACAUCAAACUCCAUCCAGUGGAUCCUCUCAUUGACCGCCUGCCGGGAACAUGUUGAAAAAUCGAUAGGUAGAAUCCAGCGGAAACGGCGAGGUAACUUUUUUAGGUGCGGAAAUGCUCGAUGCGGUAGAGAUAGUUGUCUGGAGUGCGGGAGAGAAUGGGCCCCAUUCCACAAGUGCUACGAAAAAGAGGAGGAUAGUGUGAGGAUAUAUGUAGAAAAGGCAAUGGCAGAUGCGAUCAAGCGAACGUGCCCAGUUUGCCAUAUCUCAUUUGUAAAAUCCGAUGGCUGUAAUAAGCUCACUUGUCCAUGUGGCUAUGUCAUGUGCUAUGUUUGCCGAGCGGAGAUAGGCAGCGAGAGCUACAAACACUUCUGCCAGCAUUUCCGGCAAGUUCCAGGGACACCGUGUGAUGAAUGCGACCGCUGCGAUCUAUAUGUGCAAGAAGACGAAGCGGCGGCGAUCGAUUGCGCAGCAGAGAAGGCGGAAGCAGAGUAUUUCCGAAGGUUUAAAAAGCCUACAGGAUGGAAAUAUAGGAGAAGGGAUGCUCGUGCUUUUGGGUCUAGGAAAGGCGUCAAACUAUCUUGGCCAGAAGCCAUAGAUGCAGACUUGGACCGCAUCCUAGAUCGGGUUCUAGCUUAGACUCACCGACACACAAAAAUCUUUCUUUCUACCCUUGCAUCCCUGUUAUAUUUCAUUUGUUGAAGGUGUCAAGAUGUCUAGUAUCACAUUUACGGCGUUGCGUUUUCUCUGGAUUUUUUGUUCUGUAUUCGGGAAUCUAGGGCUAGGGCUCGCAAUAAGUUCGGUGCGCACGAAAUUAGAUCAACUUAGAGCUGAGGCAUAAGUUAGAAAUGUGUAAAUGUCUGUUGUUUGUGAAUUUUCUCUGCUAUGCU